AUGGGCACGGGCAUCGUCGCCGUGUUGAUGAAAUCAGUGCCAUUUCCUACUCCAGUCCUCCACUAUCUCUCCAUAGUCUUUUUCUUGCUGAAUGUGGUGCUCUUUGGUCUGGCAUUUCUUACCUCGGUCCUGCGAUACUCCCUCUAUCCGGAGAUCUGGCGAGUCAUGAUCCAGGACCCGACCAAUUCAUUAUAUAUGGCGACGGUACCCAUGGGCUUUGCGACUUUGAUCGAGAUGUGGAUUUUUAUCUGCGUGCCGCUAUGGGGCCCGUGGAGUAUAACCGUUGCUUGGGUGCUGUGGAUUAUCGACGUCGUUGCGGCGGCAGCGGUUACCCUCUCUCUAUCCUUCAUUUUGUUGGUCUUUGUGAUCUAG